AUGACCGUACCUCCUCCAUUCUCAGUAACGGUACACCCCUUCACCUCUCCAACGCCUAAUACAUGCGCAUACGAGCGCGGCGACAGUUCAUCACACAAUGCACUUAUUUUCGUAGGAGGUCUUACAAGUGGCCCGCAUACAGCUCUCGUCCUCUUGGAUACCGUUUUCGGAGCCAUCAGUGACGCCAAGCUGGGGUAUUCGAUCUGGGAAUUCCGUAUGCGCAGCUCAUUCACUGGCUUUGGCUAUUCGAGUCUGGCAGACGACGUUGAAGAUAUAGCUGCGUUGGUCAGAUAUCUCAAGGGACUGGGCAAGGAAAAGGUUGUGUUGAUGGGUUCCUCCACCGGUGCAGUCCUGCCUGAUGUGAUACCUAUUGAACGUGACUAA